AUUGAGUUACAAAGCACAAUAGGAGAGAAAAAGUCAAGCUUUGUCUGAUUGUUCUUUGACAGGGUCAGAGGCUGCAGUCUCCUGAGGCUGCAGGGCUGUCACUGGGCAGGGAGUGACAGCAAGGUGACUGAGGGGAGGCUCUAUAAAUGGUUGGCGCCGAGCAAACCUUUCCAAAGACGCGGAUAAUCCCGUGCGUAAUUCCACUGCAGUGCAUCGCCGCCGGCUGUCGCAGAUGAUGGCCACAAAAGCAGAGUUUUCAGGCUGGCCAGAGUACCCUGAGGACUUCGCCCUGCUACAACAGAGAAGUUUGGCCCACAUCAGCUCCAAAACUUGGAUUUCCUCAAAUUCAGUCUGCUCAUUUUCAAGGAGGGAAUCGCACGCCGUGGCAGAGGCGGAGAUUUCACUGGAGAAAAUCGGGUCAGUGGGCAAACUCCACGAGUGCGCGUCCACAGAGACAGGCCACGCCAGGGCAUCUAAUGGAGACAAGGGGAGCAGCUUGGGGCCUCAGAGACACCGGCGCGUCGCAGCCAACGCCAGGGAGAGGAGACGGAUGCACGGUCUGAACAAAGCCUUUGACGAGCUGAGGAGUGUCAUCCCGUCGCUCGAAAACGAGAAAAAGUUAUCCAAGUACGACACCCUCCAAAUGGCGCAGAUUUACAUUACGGAGCUGUCUGAGCUCCUGGCCGGUGUAGUUCAGCAGGAAUCCAGAGGUCCUCGCUCAGGUCCAGGGACUGCAGACAAGACCUCCAGGAGGAACCUGAUUCACUCCAUCCGGCCAGAUGCGGCUGUUCAGACUACGAUCCUGCUGACCGAAGAGGAGCAGCAACAGCAGCGAGAUCCAUCCAUCAACCACAUGAUCAUACUCCGACCUACGUCUGUGUUAGAGUCAAAUAAAUCACAGGCCUCCACCACCAACAGUAGUGAUGGUGAAUCCUCAAAUCUCAGCGACAUGGAGGACAGUCAGAGUGGGAGACAAUGACAGAGAACCAGUUAUCUUGAACUGGUCACCAGAUGUUUAUAUGGCAGUGGAUAAUAGUGAGACAGAUCUGCUGUUUACUCUGCUGUCAUCUCUGAUAGAUUAGAUGUUACACUGCUGGAUUUCGAAAGUUAAGGAAACUCAUUCAUUCUCAUUUCCCAGAGAUUCUGACUUGGUUUCUUCUUGAUGAACUAAAAAAGGCCUUCAUUUGCACUUUAAUGUCCCGUACAACAACUAACGGCAUUUUACAGAGUCAUUGGUUGUAUUCUAGCUUUUAUUUCUAAUUAAAACAAGUAUUUUUCUAUUUAAGAAUAGCUAAUCCGUGUUUUAUGAGGGUUGUUUUGCUACAAUAAAGAUAUAAUGGAGU